AUGACGAAGACAGCAGCGGUCAAACUGAUAGACUUCCUGCAGGGUCUGACAGUGCCGAUUGCGAGCCUGUCAACGGAGCGUGCCUCAUACGAUAGCCCUUAUCUCUCAGAGUCUCAGACAUGGCGGUGUUGGCACCAUGGUAAGCUCCCUAUUCCCUCCCGUCAACCACAUAUUGAUGUAGGGCCGUUUACGUACUUCGGCAACGAGCCCUACUCAUUUAUCCGGUUCCUACCUGAGAAAUUCCGGAAGGUUCUUCAAGACUACCAAUCACAUAGGCAACAACUCGUAACCAUUCCAGGCUCCGAAGAACCCAUGGUGACGUCAGUACACGUCGUCGUGGGCAACCGAGCUGGCAUGCUGAAAUACGAGCAUGAUAGUUUCGCCCGGAAUAGGCCAUUGAAUGACAAGGAUUACAAUAUUGUCUCGUAUUUCUUUGCCGUCAUUAUCCUUAAAGCCCCUCGUCUGGAUUUUCCCCUCCAGAGUCUCGUCAUCCCUGUAACACAGACAGACGAUAUUCUCAGCGUCUGCAGAUCGGACCAACGCCCACCAAUCGGCCACUGA